CUUCCUGCUAAAAGGGUGGUACGAUUCUCCAGUGUGUGUCUUUAGUAUAGCGCGAUUCCGCGAUGUUUGUGGCUACGGUGAGUCUGAUUGCGUUGGCCGUAGCCAUCGCGGUCUACGUGUAUAAGCAACACUUUAGCCAGAUGGUGGAGCUCAGUGCAAAGCUCGGUGGUCCUCCUGCUUAUCCUCUAAUUGGAAACGGAUUGCUGUUUAUUGGCAAAUCACCCUCUGAAUACUUACCGACUGUAGGGCGCCUGGUGCAAAAGUAUGGCAAACGUUACCGAUUGUGGCUCGGUACGCAGCUGCUGAUCGUUGUUACGGAACCAAAGGAUGUGGAGGCUCUGCUGAGCAGCCCCAAAUACAUCGACAAAUCGGUCGAGUAUGAUUUCGUUCGACACUGGCUCGGCGAGGGUUUGCUCACUAGCAGCGGGCGGAAGUGGCACACGCAUCGUAAGGUGAUCACGCCUACGUUUCAUUUCAAAAUCCUGGAGCAGUUUGUGCAGAUUUUCGAUGAGCAGAGCAACAUAUUUGCCAAUGCGCUCAAACCGUACGCUGAGUCCGGCAAAUCGUUUGACAUAUUCCUCCCGGUUACGCUGUGUGCCCUGGACGUUAUCUGUGAAACCGCCAUGGGAACAAAGGUUAAUGCUCAGCUGAAUGCCGAUUCGGAGUAUGUGCAGGCGGUCAAAGACAUUACCAAGCUGAUUCAGAGUCGAAUCUUCGAUUUCCUUCUUCGUAACAACUUCUUCUAUCGCUUCUCGGAUAAUCGUCGAAAGCAGCAAGCGGCACUGAAGGUACUGCACGGAUAUACUGACAGUGUGAUUAGGGGACGUAAGGAAGAGCUGCACCGGGAAGCUAUGGGCGAUGUGUCCAAAGUGGACAUCAACGAAAACGAUCUGGGAAUCAAGAAGCGCAUGGCGUUCUUGGACUUGUUGUUGCAGUCCACUAUCGAUGGACAACCGCUAACGGAUCUGGAAAUUCGGGAAGAGGUGGAUACGUUCAUGUUCGAGGGCCACGACACGACAACAUCCGCGAUUAGUUUCCUUCUGCAGAAUCUAGCCAAGAAUCCGACCAUCCAGCAGAAGGUGUUCGACGAAGUGCGGAACAUUGUCGGUGACGAUCGGUCCCGACCGGUAACGAUGUCAAUGUUGAACGAUAUGCACUACUUCGAUUUGGUGAUCAAGGAGACGCUUCGGUUGUAUCCCUCCGUACCGAUGUUUGGACGAAAAAUGCUACAGAACAACGAAAUAAAUGGCAAAAUAUAUCCGGCCGGCUCGAAUGCCAUCGUCCUGCCAUUCUUUAUGGGACGCGACCCGGAGUUUUAUCCCGAUCCAGAGAAGUUCGAUCCGGAGCGGUUCAAUGUGGAAACGUCGGCGGAGAAGACAAACCCGUACCAGUACAUUCCGUUCAGUGCCGGACCACGGAACUGUAUCGGUCAGAAGUUUGCCAUAGCUGAGAUCAAAAGUCUAACCAGCAAAAUCUUGCGCCAUUACGAACUAAUGACCCCACUGGAACAUCGCGACGAGACGUUCAUUGCGGAGCUGAUCCUGCGCCCCGAGAAGGGUGUCUUCGUGCGCGUGAAACCGAGAGUUUUCAUUUCUCUAAGUGAUCGUGAAUCGAAAAUGCUGUUGCAAAUUGCGCUUGCAGUGUCGGUGGUCGUCUUGACUAUCAACUAUCUGUUGGUGCGGAGAAAUAUUAAAUACGGCCGACACAUUCCGGGCCCGGUGCCGUUACCGAUCGUGGGUUGUUUCUAUCUCUACAUCAACAUGAAACCCGAAGAUAUAAUCGACUUUGUAUCGGGAUUGAAGAACAAGUACGGUAGCUUGUUCCGGGUGUGGAUCGGUAACCGGUUGGCACUGUUCUGCACCAACGUGAAGUACAACGAAACUGUACUCAGCAGUCAAAAAUUGAUACGAAAAAGCGAACUUUAUAAGUUCCUUGUACCAUGGCUCGGCGACGGAUUGCUGCUCAGCACCGGCCAGAAGUGGUUCAACAAACGCAAAAUUCUGACUCCGGCAUUCCACUUUAAAAUCCUCGAACAAUUCGUCGAAGUGUUCGAUAAACAGAGCACGAUUCUCGCGAAUCGGUUGCGCUCCGAGGCGACCGGUAAGCUGGUUAAUAUCUACCCGUACGUUACGUUGGCGGCUCUCGACAUUAUCUGCGAGACGGCCAUGGGAACUUCGGUGAACGCGCAAACGGACGUUGACUCCACAUACGUGAAAGCCAUCACAGAACUGAGUCUCGUGUUAACGGGACGCUUCGUUAAGGUGUGGCAGCGAGUGGACUUUCUGUUUAAUCUAUCCGCUGACCGGCGCCGGCAGGACGAGAUCAUCAAGGUGUUGCACGAGUUUACGACGCGCAUCAUUCAAUCGCGCCGAAAAGAGUUGGCGGAACGAGCUGCUCCCGUUGGCGACGAUGAUGACGGAGCGGACAUUGGGACGAAGCGUCGGAUGGCGUUUUUGGAUGUAUUGCUUCAGUCGACGAUCGAUGGGCGUCCGCUAACGGAUAAGGAGAUCCAGGAGGAGGUGGACACGUUCAUGUUCGAGGGACACGAUACGACGACCAUUGCGAUCAGCUUCACCUUGCUGCUGCUGGCCCGGCAUCCGGAAGUACAGGAGCGGUUGUAUCGGGAGAUUGUCGAGAUCAUUGGCAACGAUUUGCAGAUACCGGUCACCUAUCGCAACCUUCAGGAUAUGAAGUAUCUGGAGAUGAUUAUCAAGGAAUCGCUUCGGCUCUAUCCACCGGUACCGAUUAUCGCACGGCGAUUCACUGAGGAUGUAGAUCUCGAUGGAAAAGUGGUCCCGGAAGCGUCUAAUUUCAACAUCGGUAUAAUGCACAUGCAUCGAGAUCCGUCCCUUUUCCCCGAUCCAGAGCGUUUCGAUCCAGAACGGUUCGCACCGGAUCGACUUCUGGAGCAGACCAGUCCGUAUGCGUAUGUUCCGUUCAGUGCGGGACCUCGAAAUUGCAUCGGCCAAAAGUUUGCUAUGCUAGAGCUGAAGAGUACCUUAUCGAAGGUUAUUCGUAACUAUAAGCUCACCACGGCCGGUCCGGAACCGAAAUUAACGAUGCAACUAACGCUCAAACCAAGAGAUGGACUGUUUAUCGGAUUUAUUCCUCGUGCUUAGUAGGUUUCCCUAGAGCGUAAGCCAUCGAUCGCUACAAUAAAUGCCAUACUAAUUGCUACUUUACCUCGUCUCUACUCACAACUGGGCUCACCUAAUUCUAACAUAGUACUAGUAUCAGACUUUGUGGGAUUCACGAG